CUUCGAGAUCGGUCGCAUAUCGGUCGUCAAAGAACCUUCGGAAACAUGAUAAUGUUUGAUGAAGAGCGUCGGUGUUAUUUCGACUGUCUACUUACUCAUGUAUGAAAUGGUGUCUCUUCGGUGUGCUUCGAACAUAGUCCAUCGGUGUCACAGUUCAAACAAAAUGCUUUAUAGCUUUCAAUCGGUGCCGUCCUCUCAUGAUGAACUUCAACAUACCGGUACCGCAAUGAAAAACACAGACCCAUAAUUAGCCAUAUUACCUUUCUUUUCCAUUUCUUUGCACGCAAUACGUCUAUGUGUAUGUACCGGUACCGACGACGCUCUGUCGUUUUGAGCUAGUAGCUACUAGCCUGAUGUAAUCAUUUUGUCGAUACUGUUUGUUGUGCAACUUUUCCCCUAAGUAUUGGUGAAUGGGAAUCGAAGUUAUUUUUUUCACAACUUCGCAUGGAGGUCUGCUCCCGCGAAAAAACUUCUUCUAACUUUAACUUCCGCUAGAAGUACUUUCUUACUACUCUACUACAAGUAUAAAAUACCUAAACGUUUUUUGCAGCUCUUUCAAUUAUUUGGGCUCGCGAAGAUCUUCUUCAUCUUCACGUAGAAGCUCAGAAUCAUGUUUGGCGAGUUCUCCUCUCACGAAGACACCGCAGCACCGCGCCGUCUUAGCGCGUCUCCCGAUGAAGAAGCGACGAGUCCUCCACGUUCAAAUUACCGCGAUGCCGAGUACGACGACGAAGAGGAUACAGCAACCGAGACCACUUCUUUCUUCUCGCCGGCAAGAACCGCAUCUACUUCCGCACAGUCUACCAAAGGAGAAACGACGAAGAUGCCAAGCAUCAAGUCGACAAGACCGGCUCCUGGUGCAAGAACAACAUCUACUUCCCGCUCGAUAAACUCAGAUCCAACUGAGCCGCCGGAUGACUUCCUCGGCAUGGUCCCAGCAUCCGAAGACCUGCAGUCGUAUGGCCAAGCAAAUCAGUACCUCUACGGAGGCAAAAAUACGAUGUCCCGAAAGAGCAACAGCAGGAAUGCGAAAAGAACAACUAAAGGCGAUGUUGAUGAAAAUAAUCAAAAUGUGAACAAUAGCAAUAAGGAAAACCACAGCCAGCAGACACGCGGACCACAGCAGAACAACUACACCAGUGUUCAAUUACUGCGGAAACGACGGGCGUCGACGGAAAGCGACAUAGAAGGUACUAGGGCUUUUCCCACUACCUUUGCCGAAGAGCAGACGGAAAAAGCGACCGCGCUUUUCCUCGAUGUCCCGUUGGUUUCCAUCUUUUCAGCCUCCUUAUCAAGUGUAAAAAAAUGUCUGGGUCUGGAAGAAUGUAAGUUUGUCAUGCUUGUCUGGCAUGACUCUUAAAUCUGUCAUGCACAUUACCAAAGAGCCCCACUUUUCUGUCAUGCAGAAACGUAGUUUGUCAUGCAGAAUAGGCAACACCUAGAAGCUCAGAAACUUAUCAUGCUGAGCCAGCAAUUGUCGCCUCCUCAUGAUACGCCACACAGCAUCACAAGUUUCCAGACCCAGACAUUUUUACAUUUGAUACUCCUCCCAAGAAGAUGAUUUCGGGGGCACCUCUAUCCUGAUUAAAAGCGUCCCCACACCAGAGUCAAGAUGGGGAAUCUGCUAGACAAAUCAACCAGCUUUUGUUGUUUAGCAUGACAAGGCUGUCCUCGUAGUGUAGUCCUGUGGAGCUUGUUCAGCAGCAUCACAAAUCUAGCCAACUAAGCUGAUUGGAGCAUGAAAAAUUCCAAAACGCGACUAGAAAAUGCUUUUCAUGGGGCUCCGCAUGAGAAACAUUUUCAGCAUGCAGAUCUGCAUCACAACUAUGGGGCGGGGACGUUUUUAAAUACGAUAACCUCCGAGCUCUCCAUGGGCUCGUUUGACGAUGGAAUGGGAAGCUGGGCGGCAAAAAACAAGAAGAGGAAGGAGGACAAGUGGUCGACGGUCCCGCCCUUGCGCAACUUCGAGGAGGCGGCCGAGUUUUUUCGAACCCAAAUCAUAUGCAUUGCAAAUAUGUCUGGGUCUGGAAGAGGUGAGGUUGUCAUGCUGUUUUUGCAUGACACAGACGGUCUGUCAUGGAAGCCCUACUAGCAUCACAGAUUUCGAAAAUUAUAAUUAUCUUUCGCAUUGCCUAAGCCGCAUGACAAAUUCCACCUUUUGGUGACAGGAAGUGGGCAUCUUUUGCUGCCUCUGCAUGAGAGAUUUUUUUGUGUUGUGAAAUGCGCAUCACAAGUUCGCAAUCGCAUCCAUCCAGACCCAGACAUAUUUGCAAUGCAUAAAUCACCGAGGACAACGAGUGGCUGUGGACCGAUCGCCCGAAAGCCUUGCCGCGGAUCGUUUUCUGGGCUGCCUUUCUCUUCUAUCAAAUGUAAAAGUGUCUGCGUCUGGAAGAAUGCGAACUUGUCAUGCAGAUUUUACAUGGCCCGUGACGUCUGUGAUGUAUUUCCUGGCAUCACAGAUUUUCUGAGUGCUUCUUGAUGCCUAUUCCGCAUGACAAAUGGCCUCCCCGCGUAGCAGAAACUGGGCUCCUUUUGCUGGUCAUGCAAUACAGAUUUUUCUAGAAUCCAAAAAUAGCAUGACAAUCUUGCAUUCUUCCAGACCCAGACAUUUUCACUUUUGAUAUCUUCAUCACCGUCGCCAUACCCGUGAUGUACUUCCGAAAACCCGGGCCCGACUUGGCAGACUCCCUCGACGGUAUCAAAAGUAAAAAUCCCCCCUCCCCAUAUCGAAAAGGUAUGUUUCCGAAAAUUUGUGUUGCUGAUUUGAGGUCACAAAUCACAUUUUGUCUUGCAAGAAGACAAGGGCAGAAGCUUCUGCCCCACUAUGGAAGCGAUUUGUCAUGCUGUUGGCCCUAAAAGAGACCCGUUUGCCAUGCUGAACAACUAGACCCAUACGCCCCUACCUAGCCUGGGGAUCUGGCCGCAGUGCCUCUCUGCAAUACAAACCUGAUUUGUGUACACAAAUCCAGCAUCAGAAAUUGAAGCUCCGUUUUGAUAUGGGGAGGGGGGAUCUUUCCUUUCGAUAGACGGAGGCCGGACCCCUUUCGGGGCCUACGCAACUCCGGCGAACAUUGUCUGGUGCCCCCUGGUGCCGCAAAUGGCCUUCCUGCGCGACCCGGAAGGCUUCAUGAACCAACCAAGGCCCGCCGGAGCCUUACACCCGGAGCAGGCGCUCAACCGACUGCCGUCCUUUGCGAUCUGGGAGACGGAAAAUUGGGAGAAGUACGCCAUUGAAAACCAAAUGUUUCCGAACUACAAUGGCGGCCCGGCGACGAGAGCGACCAGUGACGCAACACUUUUGUCCGUGCACAGCGGUAUCGCGUUUUGGGGGGCGCUGAACGUGGGCAUUAUGGUGAUGCGGAUAAGCUGGUGGCCCUGUGUCAGCUAUACCAUGACCAGCUGGAACCUAUUCACCGUCAGGCACUUGAUGGCGACAUUUGUCCUACUGUUCGCCCGAUGCGGGGUAUUUGUUGAUUUUUGAGAUUUUGAUUUGAUAGACGGUUGCUUUCGAAAGCAUCGAAUUUCAGCUCGCUCUUCGUGCUACGAGAACUUCAACUUGUUAGGGAGGUACAUCUCCUUCGAAGUAAAUCCUAAAUUCUGUCCCUGCAGGGUUGACAACGAAUCUAUUGUAUCGCCAGAAGAAAUCCUGACUGUGCCAACAUGAUCCCGACGUCGUCCAAUAAAUAUCAACUAACAGGGUAUGUGCGGCACCUGCCUCGGACCCAUUUUCGUCGGAAUUUACGAAGUUUUCAGGUUUCCGGCCCUGGUGCAAGCGACCAUCACUUUCGUCGUCUGGUGGGGGGUUUUGGUCCCCGUGAUCGUCUGCUUUUUGCUCGCGAAGAAGAAGGAAAGGGGGUCGGUGCGGGACUUUAUGCAGUGGAAUUUCGGGUUUUUCCAGAUAAACGUGCACGGCUUCAACGUCCUCCUCGCUUGGGCCGACCAAAUUUGGCUCAAUCCGCGACCGCUGCUGUUUUUAGACCUCUGGUUUGGGCUGCUGUUCGGGAUCCUGUACUUGGCUUUCUACCUGUGGGCCUUGGACAACCGGGGGAUUCACUUGUACAUGAUCCUAAACCCAAGGAGCAACUGGGCAGCCUUGGCGUAUCUGGCGAUUUUCGGGAUGUACACAGCAGCGUUCUUAUCCAGGAAAUAAAAAACACCCAUCCCCAUCCAAUUUGUCAUGCAAACAUGCAUAACAAGUUGCACUCGUUUGUCAUGCAAGAAAUGGAUCAGGAUGGCAUGGGUGUUUUCUCCUGGAUAGUUCUUCGCGUUCCGAUGCGUCUUGCCAACGGACCGCACGCCCGUGGAAA